ACUUAGGGGAAUGAUCAAACGUGCUGAACAGCAACUCUGUGCUCACUCCCAAGGCUUUAGGUCUCUAGUGGCAGACCUCCUUUUAAAGCCCAAGUUGUGUUUUCUUAAACAUUUUAUCCUUUAGACUGUUGCACGUUCAUUUUAGGUCGCUUGAACUUGCUUCCUGUCUGCUUGUUUGGAUAUUUUUUUUUCUUUUUUUUUUUUCCCAUUGUGCUUGUGAGUCAAAGAAUUUAAAUUUUCCAUGUAUGUACACAUAUAUGCCCACUUUUGCUUUUAUGCUUCUCUCACACAGUCUUUUACCGUGGGUGAGCGGAACUCUCGGCAAAGAAAGCAAACAGAGAGAACAGAGCCAUCACCCCCCACCCCCUGAAAGAGCAGAGGGCAUGUGGAAUAAAUCAAAAUGCAAAGCAUAAUAACAAGGUCCCAUGGGAAAGGGAGCCUUGUGAUUGUGUGCCGGCGUGCACUCCCCUUGGAGACGGCGGCCGGGGGGCUCACCUCACGGCAGCCGGGGGCUCCUUUCUUUCUCACUCGCAUCUCCCCUCCCGAUGUCACCAAUCCAUUCACUACCCGGAGAAUUGAUUUACAUUUGUUGGGAGACGGGGAAGAGGGGAAGAGCGGAGGGCAGGAGGCAGGGGCGGUGAUGCUGGUCCCCACGGUGUGCAAGGCGAGGCACAGGAUGGCUAUUUUAUAGCUGGGGACCGUGGUGACGUAUAGCUGAGCGAGCUGGCACAGCUCCUCGUGGACCAGUCAGCGGAGCGAAAUCGAAGCUGACAAGACUUCUCUGGCAUUUUGGAAGGGACUGUAAUCUACUGUAGGGGAGAACAGAGCCGCUCAAUCACCGCCGCUGUAAAUAGGAGACGGAAGGGAGUGAGAAAGGAGGCGAAGAGAAAAAGUGCCUGCUGGGGGGGGAGGGGGGGCGGCAUUUUUGGUGGAUGGUAUGAAGCCAGCCAUGGAAACUGCAGCGGAGGAAAAUGCAGAACAAAGCCAAGAGAAAAAAGUGAUCACCAGACCAGAAAUGGAAAUUGGCAGGUACCACUGGAUGUACAGGAGUUCAAGGCCACACCGGUACCAUCAUGUGCCAGCAUUGAGAGGCAAUAUUAGUCCUUUGGGGAUUCAAGGUUGCUUUGAAUGUUGCAUUAAGUGCCUAGGAGGAGUGCCAUAUGCUUCGCUCGUGGCAACCAUUCUCUGCUUCUCGGGGGUAGCGUUGUUCUGUGGCUGUGGCCACGUGGCGCUCACGGGAACCGUCUCCAUCCUCGAGCAGCACUUCUCCACCACUGCCACUGACCAUGCUUUGCUGACUGAAGUAAUACAGCUAAUGCAGUAUGUAAUUUAUGGCAUUGCAUCAUUUUUCUUCUUAUAUGGAAUAAUCCUUUUGGCAGAAGGUUUUUAUACAACAAGUGCUGUGAAGGAGCUGCAUGGAGAGUUCAAAACAACAGCCUGUGGCCGCUGCAUCAGUGGAAUGUUUGUUUUCCUCACUUACGUGCUUGGAGUGGCCUGGCUCGGGGUCUUCGGCUUCUCUGCUGUGCCUGUCUUUAUGUUCUAUAACAUAUGGUCAACUUGUGAAGUCAUCAAAUCUUUUCAGACAAAUGUGACCGUUCCAGGGGACCAGAUCUGCGUGGACAUCAGGCAAUACGGUAUCAUCCCUUGGAAUGCUGUACCUGGCAAAGCCUGUGGCCCAAUUUUAGAGAACAUCUGCAACACGAAUGAGUUCUACAUGUCUUAUCACCUGUUCAUUGUGGCUUGUGCUGGAGCUGGUGCCACUGUCAUAGCAUUGAUCCACUUCCUCAUGAUACUGUCUUCUAACUGGGCCUACUUAAAGGAUGCAAGCAAAAUGCAGGCCUACCAAGAUAUCAAAGCAAAAGAAGAGCAGGAGCUGCAGGAUAUCCAGUCUCGGUCAAAAGAGCAACUCAAUUCUUACACAUAAAUGUUUGCCACAGUAAUUCAGCAGAAGAGUUCUGUAGCUCUGACAAAUCAGCAAAUAGCUGCUCUGCAGUACAGAUGUGUGUCUAGCAAACAAAAUUAGAGAGAAGUGUAAAAGCUUCACAUUCCAGCUCCUGGAAAACUUUUUUAGGGAAAUCUUCCCAUGGGUAAUCUUCCAUCCUUUCUAACAGAGAAUGGAGGGUUUAUUCCAGGCAUUUUAAAAGGCAACACUUUACAAAAAGUGACCAAAUUAUUCUUCUUUGAGACUUGGUAUCUAAUAUUUGACUUGUUCUAGAGCAUGACGCCCUGCACAAAACGGCAGCAGGUGCCCCAGCCGAGCAGGCGGCAGAUCUGUGCAGACCUCAGGCAUGUGCACGGUGUGUGACCGAGCACUCCCAAGGAACCCGUGCCCAGCUGGGCUUUCUGAGGGAGCUCCUGUGUGUGUGUGUGGUGGCACAGCUGCAGCUCCUCCCAGGUUCAGGGGCUGUGUGGGAACGCCGUGCCUGGGCCGUGGGAGCAGCGCCGCUCCUGUGCCGCACCUGCCACCGUGGAGCCAUCAAGGCCCUGUGCUCACCUGAGGGUCGAGCAGAUCUCCCAAGUUCUAAUCUUUUUAUUAACUAUUUAAUGGAAUGUAGAUCCCUGGAUCUGGAUAAUGAUCCCCUUCUUCGAAAAUAAAUGUCAGCUUUGCCUUAAUAUUUAUUUUCUAUAAAUGUCUUAGCAUUUAUAUAAUGGCAGGAGACCAUUAUCCUACAUUAUCCGUAAGUGAAAGUGUUACCUUAUUAAAAUGACACUGAUCUGACUAUUCCAAAUGAGCGGAUGAGAAAGUUUGCAGAGUUUUACACAAACAAUAAAAUUUGCAGCCAUAAAAGUAAUACAGGAUGUCCACCUUUCUCUAUCUUGGUGCUUAGCAAAUUUAUAGUCAGUGCUUAUGUGUUUUCCUUUUUACAAAUUAAUUAGCACACUAAGAAAACGUGGUGUUCAGAAAAAAAAAACAACAAACAAACUGGUGCCAUUUUAAAGUCAUUUCCCAUAGAAGUCUGCCUUCUAAUUAAUGUUUUUUUUUCAGAAGCAUUCAGUGAUAUCUUGAGUAUUAGUGAUGGUAUAUUUGGUGUUUGUUCUAUAUGAUAUAUAUAUAUAUAUAUAUAAAUGUUGGGGGGGAAAAAGUAAAAAUACAUCAUUCAUUUGAAAAAAUUAAAUAUUCAAGUCAUACCCCUGCUAAGACGACGUGUGGUUUGGUAGUUUUGGUUGUUUGCUGAAUAUACAUCAAAGGAAGCACAAAUUCCUUCAAAUCAGUAUUAAGAGAAAAGGCAUUUUUUGGAGGGGUAUUAACUUCAAAAAUUAUUUCUUUUGUUAAGUAUUGAAGUCUAAUUUGACAGUUUCAAAAAAGGGGCAAAGUUGAUUGAUGUAGAGCAAAUAUGACAAAAUAGCCUAGUGUAUGUUCUUACCUGUUGCAUGAAGGAGACAUUUCUACAGCAAUGCAGGUGAUGUUCUAGCCCAGUGUUUGCAUAAGGGUAAUAAUGGAGGCAGUGUCUUAAAGCCUAAUUCUUUUCUAAUUCAGUGUAGCUAUUACUGGGAGUUUUUGAAGUUUUGUUUAAGUAGUCUAAUAUUUUUAUGUAAAGAGCAUUAAAUUUUGCUAUGUAUAAAUUUUUGUAACCUAACAGUGAAUCAAUAUUUUCUAUCAGUGCCAAGGGCUUCCUGUAGUUACAUCCAAGUGUUAAAAUAAAUAUUUGUAGAUAAUAGACAACACUUGUGUAUGCUUAUUUGAACCCAGACCUACAGCUACUCCAUGGCAGUGCAUCUCUAGGCUUUAUGUCUCUGAGGUAAAACACCUUCUGUUCCAGAGCUCCCUGCCCUCCUGCAGGGGCAGGGCUGCCCUGCAGCUGCAGCAGCAGUUGUGCAGCAUGCAGUAGUGGUAGUUGUUCCAGGCCAGCAUAAUGCAACAAGCACUACCCCUUCCCAACACCCCACAGGAGCAGUCACUCAGAAACUCUGUAAAGGCCAGAGUGGCUGCAACAGCAAAUUAAGAGCAGCAUGCAAAAUUGGAGAAACCAGCACAUCACAUUUUAGCUUCAUUUCGAAAAGCAAAGUUUGCAUCUGUCAUGGUUUUGAUAUGUUGUGUUUAAACAUCCAGUGAAUUCAAGACAGAACUUUGUUUUUUGCCCCUAAAUUCUGUCAAACUUGGCUUCAUGUUCGUGUAGUUGGGUCAAGAUGAGCAGCCUCAAAUGCAGUGCAAGUUGUAAUAUAUGCUGCCACCCAAAAUUACUUCAUUGAUAAAAACUACUGUAUUUUAUACUGUAAAUAAAGUUUAAUGAUCUUGCCUAUCAUCUACCUACAAAAUACAAAGCUUAAAUAAAGAUGAGUUAAAUAGCA